AUGCGGCACCCGCUGUGCCAUACUGAUCUACUGUUCCAUAUUUUGUGUUUCAAUCUAAUUGAUUCUGAUUUUCUUCUCACUGUCUCCACCAUCUGUUUGUCCAUAUUGUGUGAUCCUGCGUUUGGUCCCUGCGGAUCUGCUCCAGAUGUCACUUUUGGCCUCCUACUCAGCGUGUUUGUGGUGUGCGGACUUGUCCUGUUGACUCUUUGUGCCUUCGCCUCCUGGAAGCUGUGCUGGGUGCCUUACUGGCAGAACAAGGCGACAGCAGCCCUUUCCUCCAGCUCUGCAGCCCUGACCCCGGCCUGCGGUCCCCCAGACGACUGCCCCCCCUUCCACCUCCACAUCCACCCUCCUCAGCCCCAGCACCAGUUCCUCCCAAGCCCCAACCAGCAGAAGUCACCGGUCACCAUGGCAACGGAGAAAGUGAAGGACCCGAUGGGUUCCGUGGGUUUCCUGGAGGCUGCUGUGAAGAUAAGCCACACGUCACCUGAUAUCCCAGCGGAGGUGCAGCUGUCAAUGAGGGAACACUUUAUGAGGCGUACUCAACGCAUGCAGCGGCAGGCCACUGAGCCUGCUUCCUCCUCCAGACACAGCUCGUUCAAAAGGCACCUGCCCAGACAGAUGCAGUCGAUCAGCCUGGACCUUGGCAAUGACUAUUUGGACGAGGACGAGCAGCCCACCAGCAUCGGACGCAUCAAACCCGAGCUCUACAGACAGAAGACCCUGGACACUGACGAGUCCGCCAAGAACAGCAACGCCAAGAACUGUGGGAAGAUCAACUUCUCACUGAAGUACGAUUAUGAAAAUGAGGCCCUCCUGGUCAACAUCCUCAAAGCCUUCGACCUGCCCGCCAAGGACCUGUGCGGCAGCUCCGACCCCUACGUCAAAAUCUAUCUUCUCCCUGAUCGCAAGAAGUUCCAGACGCGUGUCCACCGGAAGACGCUCAACCCCACGUUCGACGAGUCCUUCCAGUUCCCCGUGCCUUAUGAUGAGCUGGCUGUUAGGAAGCUCCACAUGAGCGUGUUUGACUUUGACAGGUUCUCCAGACAUGAUAUGAUCGGGGAGGUGGUGGUGGAUAACCUCGUUGAGACGUCAGACCUCUCCAGGGAGACGGACAUUUGGAGGGACAUUCAGUACACCACAACUGAGAGUGUGGACCUGGGAGAGAUCAUGUUCUCACUAUGCUACCUGCCCACUGCUGGACGACUCACUCUCACGGUCAUCAAGUGCAGGAACCUCAAGGCCAUGGAUAUCACGGGAUACUCAGAUCCAUACGUCAAAGUGUCUCUCGUCUGUGACGGGAGGCGUUUGAAAAAGAAGAAGACAACCAUCAAGAAGAACACUCUGAACCCCACGUACAACGAGGCCAUCAUCUUCGACAUCCCCCCAGACAGCAUGGACCACGUCAGCCUGCACAUCUCAGUCAUGGACUAUGACUUGGUUGGUCACAAUGAAAUCAUUGGUGUGAACCGUGUGGGGUGCAGUGCUGAGGGGCUUGGCAAGGGCCACUGGAACGAGAUGCUGGCGUACCCACGCAAGCCCAUUGCACACUGGCACCCCCUACUGGAGGCCAAGAAAUCAGAGAAAGAGUGGAAAACGCGGACGGCCAGUUUUGACAGCCAGGGCUCCUGCCCAUCCCCCAGGCGUCCUGCUAGCCCCUGAGCAGAACCACAUGUGACCCUAGCGGAACGGCCCAGUCCCAUUCUUCAGAUACCCUCAACGCCUCCCAUCUAUCGCUGAACACCAUCCAGGUUUGAUUUCUAUUUGCCAUAUAUUUUUAACUGUGCUCUGAUGUUUCACAAAUGUUCCAAACCUUUCAAUUCUCAUAGUUUCUACAGGUUGUAAAUGAAAGAUACCAAUUUGAUUAGAAGGGUUCUUGUUUGACUCAGUUGGGUUAUGUAAGAUGUCAUAGAAAUCAGGAAUCUUCCUUAAUGUUAUUUUAUGUUGACCAUGACAGUGUUUUCAUUAUUUUACUAAUUGACAAGCACAUGUUUGAAAGCACAUAGAGAAACAGGUUGGUAUAGUGGGUAUCAGGAAGUGGAUGUUGUUUACAGAAUGUAAGGAGCGGUUUUAAGAGGCACCUUCUCUAAUUUAAGCUCUUGGGUGCCCUAAACCAAAGCCUCUGCAUUAAUCUAUCCUGUCAACACAACUUUGGCACUGUGGUUAUGUAGAAGUAGUUGUUUGAACUCUUUCUCCAUGCAUUCUAUCUACACAACUUUGGCACUGAGAUUUGGUAGUAGUAGUUGUUUUUUAACCCAGGAGGUUAUAGUGACUUAAUGAUAGUACUGGAAUGGCCAUCCAGAUGACAAUGUGGCUUCCGCCUGACUACAACUAUGCAGCAAAAGCAUGUUUGAAGAUGGUAUAAAUCAAACAGAGGAUGCAGAAGAAGCAUGGUAAAAGUGAACAAAUGUACUUAACACACACACAUUAUAUUACUGUUUUAGCCAUUUCCUUCCUCUAGAGAGAGCAGGCGUUUACCUCAUUUCGUCUGGGAGACAGACAAAACGGACAGACAGAGAUACAGACAGAUAGUGUGGGGGGAAACUAGCCUAGAGAUAGUCACAGGCAUAUUUCUUGCAGUGAGUCAGUGACCUUUCUCUAAUUAGCAGUUGGUAGGUCUAUGAGACACAAUACAAUGAGUCACUUGAUGGAUUCCCUCACACCAUUAUUGUGUCUUUCUUCACAAUAGGAUUGUUCAGGUUUCCUCACAUACUAUAUUUACUGGUUACAAUCGUGAUAAGAUCCUUCCUUCCAUUACUGGUAGACUCCUCAUAUCUGACUCACUCCAGUUUGUUAAAAAAAAGUAUGGUUUUAUGUUUUCUCACAUAGAUAUACAGUAGUACACUUGUUGAUUACAUUUCUGAUUAGAUUUAUGUCAUUUAUUUUAGACUCCUGAUAUUUGACUCCAAGUUUGUUUCUAUUUGACAAAAAAUGUAUGAAAUAAUUGACUGUAGUUUUGUUCUUCCUCUGUUUCAGUGGUGUGUUUAAUGAUGAUGAUGAUGAUCUUCUGUUCUGACAAUAUGGACUAGUGUGUUUGUAUCCAUAGUACGUAAUGAUAUCAUGUUAUAUACAUUUAGCCUCAGUUUAUGUACCGUUUUAAAGACCUUUAUCUGUUGUUAUUAUUAUUGUUGUGUUUCUCAAUAUGAUCUUGUAUCCUGUCCAUUCGUCAUGGACAGCACGGACUUUCCAAUUUUUUAUUGAAGAUUUGUACUUGUAAUAUAACUGUUUUGACAACUGUUCUUGUAAUUGAAGCCUGUUAGGGUUGAUUUAUUUCUGUUUCCGUUUAAAUCCUGAAUUGUUAAUGACUCAUAACAUGAGGUCCAAUGUGUAAUAAAUUUAACAAAAAAACGAA